AUGAAAGAGGUGAUUGAAAUGUCCUUGGGAGAGCUUUCAAGUUCCUACUCAAGGCAAGUCAGGAUGCACAGCCAGCUGGAGGGAGAGAAAAGGGGAGCCCUCCGCUCUGCUCUGCUCACGCAGGGAGCCAAAGGCAUCGUGACUCCACCCGUCCCAGCAGUCUCACCCAUCCCACUCUCUGUGACAUACAAAAGGGAAUGUUUGACACUGAAGGGGAAGCAGCAUGGGGAAGGAGCUCCACAAGGGGUCCCAAGAAUUCUGCAGGCAAGAUGUAAGUCAAUUCCUUUACUCUUUGGGGGGGGGGGAGUGUUGGUGUGCGUGCCCCCAAAAAGCAAUUGUUUGGUCUUUCUGCAAGCGUGUGCCCCACAUUGUGUGACUUGCCUUCCACUUGUCUUUCUUACUGAUCUCCCUCCCCCUUCUGUUUACCAGGCAGAUGCUUCUCUUGCCAAGAAGGGGUUCAACAAAAGACUCCAGAUUUGGGGGGUGUUAAUCUUCAUUCUGCUCCUCUCCCUCACCUUGACAAUUCUGGGAGUCUCCUAUUUUUGGAAACCUGCUCCAAAAAAGAUUUAUGAAUUGGAGCAUAUUUUUCUCAGCAACAUGGAAAAACAGAAGAUAUUACUGAAGAUAGAUCCCCUCACCUGGACAGAGACCUUUCAGACUGGAAAGGGUAGUGAGGAAAUCCUCGAAAUACAUGAUUUUAAGAACGGUAUAACUGUCCUCUUUUUCAUGGGUGAUCCCAAAUGCUUUAUCCAAAACCAGAUUAAAGGGAUACCAGAAACCUCUCAUAUGGAAAUGGAGGAGCCCGAGGCAGAGGAAACAGCAGCCACCUAUUUUGAGCAAUCUGUGCUCUGGGUUCCUGGAGAGAAGCCAGUUGAAAAUAAAGAUUUUCUGAAGGAUUCCAAGAUGUUUGACCUCUGCAAAAACGUUACUGCAUACUGGAUCCAUCCAACCCUGCUAAGAGAUCCUGACAUUCUUGAUUUUGAAAAGGGAAGCGAGGAUCUGGUUCCUAGGGAUGAGCAAAACCAAGCAGAUGGUCAGCAGGAAAGCCGGUCCUCAAGCAAGGAAGAAAGUCAGGGCCCCAAACGCCAUGCUCGGCAGCUCACCGAAGAAGAUCUCCCAGUGAACGACUACACCGAGAACGGCCUCGAGUUCCAUCCCCUUUGGGAUGAGAGAGGAUACUGCUGUGCCCGCUGCCGUCGUGCCCACCGAUACUGCCGCAGGAUAUGUGAGCCGCUCCUAGGGUACUAUCCCUACCCUUACUGCUAUCAAGGAGGGCGGGUGAUCUGCCGUAUAAUCAUGCCUUGCAACUGGUGGAUAGCACGGAUGUUAGGGCGAGUGUAAGGACGCUCAGUCCCAAAGUAGUAGUAAUAAUCUGAGCACAGCACGAGAUCCAUUCUGACCAUCUCCCUGUAGACAUUUCUGGGCUUGUAAUUCUCUUAAAGACCAUUAGCACAAUGUAUGGGUAGAUUUCUGCUAGAGUCACUUGGGUGGCCUAGAUGCAAUUAUCUCCUGAUAAUUGCCUCUUUCUGCACUUUUCCAAAACUCUAUCCUUUUUGCAAGCCAUUUCUCCAGAUUAUAUUCUUCUGCGCCUUUGCCCCUCUUAUGCAUGAUUCGGUGUAAACUUUUCUGCAGUGUACUUGAACUGAUGCAUAUUUUUUGAGCAGUAAAAAUAUAGCACGGUCUAAGUGGAGGUUUUGGAUGCAAGCAUAGUCUAUUUUAGACUGGUUCACAAAUGGCAAACCAAGGUGGUCCCUAUAAAAAAUGAAAUUAAAGGCCAUCCAAGGUCUCCCGAUAUUGCCAAAGCUAGAAUCAAAUGUUGCAUCGUGUAGCUGAAAAAAAGGAAAUCUAUUCCUCCAGCAUGCUCCUCAAAAGCCACAAGAGGGCAUUCUUUAUCAAGAAAUAAACAGUAUUAGUUCAAUGUCAGAAGAGGAGCUAGAAGUACAAUCUGCCAAGUAUGCCCCAAACGGUGCUUUUGCGGCUUCAACAGGAUCCUUACUUUUUAACACACACCCCGAAAAAUGAAGAAAACCCCAGAGAUCUGCAAAUUAAUUUCAGCAACUCAGAGCAUAUGUCCCAAAUAUAUUCAAGCAGUCCUCGUUUAGCGACCACAAUUGGGACCGGCAAUGUGGUCAUUAAGCGAAGUGG